AUGCUGCCCAGUGGGACACAGGAAAAGCUUGAGACUGUGCCCAAACCCCCAAACUGCAGGAAGAAAAAAGAGAAAAAGAAGAGGCUGCAAGAAGAAGCCAAGAUCCAGAGCCUCACCAGGGCUGGCCACAGGGCCUUGCAUGCUGCCCAGAUUCAGGAGGCCUUGGGCAGCUUCCAGAAGGCCUUCCUGCUGGCCUCCAAGGCCCCAUCAACCAGAGAUAGCCCUGUUCUUCGAGCCUGUGCCUUCAACCUAGGGGCUGCCUAUGUGGAGACUGGAGACCCAGCCACAGGUCUUGAGCUACUUCUGAGAGCCCGUCCUGAAGAGAAAUCUGCAGGCUGGUGUCAUGGCGACCAGUGUUUCAAUGUGGCUUUGGCCUAUCAUUCCCUUGGUGACCUGACUCAAGCUUUGGACUGGUACCGCAGGGCUUUGGGCCAUUACCAGCCACAGGACUACCAUGGGGAAGCACAGGCAAAAAUAGGAGCCUGCUACCAGGCCCUGGGCUGGCCCAAGCAAGCAGCCUGCAGUUUGCAGGAAGCUAGCCAGGCCUAUGCUCACACAGGCCGGCUCUGGGAUGCAGCCGUGGCUCAGGUGGCUGCUGUGAGAUGUAUGCUGAGCAGCCGGCAGUAUAGACUGAGUGAAGUGUUGCAGGCUCUGGAAGAGAGCUGUAAGCUUGCUGAUGCUGAUCGGGGCGCUGACCAGGGACUGCUGGGGCCGUUCUACAAUGAUGUAGGCAUGGGUUACUUCCAACUCCAGCUGUUCCCUCUGGCAGUAGAGGCCUUCCUGCAGGCCCUACCCCUGUGUCGACAGGCAGCAGAGCAGGCUACAGUGCUUCAAAACCUUGGAAUGACCCACAAUGUCCUUGGCAACUAUUGGGAAGCACAGGAGUUUCACCAGAAGGCUGUCGAUCUGCAUGGCUCUGUGGGCCAGCGGUGGGAGCAGGGUCGCAGCUUUAGCGGCCUGGCAUUUUCACUGAGCCAGCUGGGGGACCACAGGGCUGCCUGGGACAGCUAUUUGCAUGCCCUGCAGGCUGCCCAAGACACUGGGGACGUGAAGGGACAGUGGCAGGCGUGUGAGGGCCUUGGGGCAGCUGCAGCCAGACUGGGGCAACAUGACCAAGCCUUGAAGUAUUAUAAGGAAGCGCUGGCCCUGUGUCAGCACGAACCAAGUUCUAUACGAGAGCGGCUUGUGGCUAAACUGGCAGAUGCCACGCGGACCUUCGUGACUCAGGAGAAGCUAGCCCAGGCUCAUUUUCUGCCCUCUGUUCCUGAAAAACUCCAGACUUCAUGGGAGGCCUCCCUAGAGGCAAAGAACUCAGCCAGGGUACACAGUAGUGCAGAAGAUGCCCAGGACAGUAGGUCAGAAGAAGACCGUGAGAAGAAAAAGGAGGGGCUGAUGAACAUGACCAUUGUGUUAGAACCUCAGAGACAGGACAGAGCCUCAGUCCAUCUUCCAUCUGGAGGCCCAUGGCCCAGAGGAGUGGAACAUCUCGCCAACACAGCACCCAACAAUAGGUCAUCCAUAGGGACCAAGGAAGCCCUGGGCAGGAACCUCCAGAGGACACCCAUCCAGUCUGGCCUCUGCACCAUCGUGUGA